AUGAUGUUCAUUCCUACCGUUCUCGUGAUUGCGGGCGCUCCCCUCGUCGCAGCCCACUUCAAGAUCACCUACCCGACUUGGCGUGCUGACUCGCUCAGCGAGACUAAGAACUACUCUCAGUGGUCCUAUCCUUGUGGUGGUGUUCCCGACUUCGUCGGUAACCGAACCGAGUGGCCCAUCGAGGGCGGCGCUGUCGCCCUUACUCUUCACCACCCUUGGACCUAUCUCUGGAUCAACAUCGGUCUUGGUGAUGCUGUCACCAACUUCAACAUGUCGCUCACCCCCGAGCUCAUGAACGUCUCCGGUCGUGGUGACUUCUGUCUUCACGACAUGAUCGUUCCCAUGGACAUCAUCGAUGGCACCAAUGCCUCUAUCCAGGUUGUCACCAGCGGCGGCGGUGAUGGUGGUGAGGGUUCUGCCCUGUACAACUGUGCCGAUAUCGUCCUUCGCAAGGGUAUUCAGAUUCCCAAUGGUGUGUGCAAGAACGCCAGCACCAUGUCCCUUACCAUGCUCGGUGAUGGUUGGACCCAGCCCCUGACUGCCAACGGUACCGGCAACGCUACCACUACCGUUACUUCCGUCGUCACCGUGACCGCCACCGCGACCGCCAAAUCCAACUCGGCCGUGGGAGGAACCGUGGAGGGAGUUGCCUUCGCCCUUGUUAUGGGCCUCGCGUGCGUCUUUGCCGCGAUUAUGGGUAUCUAA